ACGUUAUCUCCUCGGAAACAAAAACAGACAUGAAACCGAACAUAAAGCCAGAUUAUUCCCAGCGUUACUCUAUCUACUGCUUCUUCAGUGAGCCCUAACUGCAGCCAAGAGCCGCUCCUUUUGCGCCGACGCCGACGACGACGACCUACCGCUCCGAUUUCAAGUUUCUUGAGGUUUCUGAUCUGUUGCAUUUAGCUCGUUAGUGAGAAUGGCUUCACGUUUCUGGACAUCCCAGGGUGGCAGUGACUCUGAGGAGGAGGAGAGUGAUCAUGAUGAAGAGGUUGAGAAUGGACCUGGUGACUCUACCACCGAAGCCGCUGGAAGCAGAUACCUUAAAGAAAAUCCAAGUGAUAGCGAUGACUCUAUUGACCAAAAGCGAGUUGUUAGGUCCACAAAAGAUAAACGCUUCGAGGAGAUGUCAGCCACAGUUGACCAGAUGAAGAAUGCGAUGAAAAUAAAUGACUGGGUGAGCUUACAGGAAAGCUUUGACAAGAUAAAUAAACAACUGGAGAAAGUCAUGCGCAUUAUGGAGUCUGAAAAGGUCCCUAACCUUUACAUUAAAACACUUGUGAUGUUGGAGGACUUUCUCACUCAGGCUUUGGCCAACAAGGAUGCGAAGAAGAAGAUGAGCAGCAGCAAUGCCAAGGCCUUGAACUCAAUGAAGCAGAAGCUGAAGAAAAACAACAAACAAUACGAGGAUUUAAUAAGUAAGUGUAGGGAGAGUCCUGAGAGCGAGGAGGAAAAAGAUGAGGAUGAGGAGGAUGAGGAUGAAGAAAGUGAUUCAGAGAUUGAGGAGGAUCCAACAAAGAUUGAAUUCAAAGAUUCUGAAGAUGAAGAUGAUGAAAAGGGUGGGGAUAGCCAAGACGAAGAUGACGGAGAGUGGGAGAAGAAGAUGAGCAAGAAAGAUAAGCUCAUGGAUAAGCAAUUCAAGAACCCUAGUGAGAUCACAUGGGAUACGGUUAACAAGAAAUUCAAGGAGGUUGCGGCUGCUCGAGGUAGGAAAGGAACUGGAAGGUUUGAGCAGGUUGAGCAGCUUACUUUUUUGACGAAGGUUGCCAAAACCCCUGCACAGAAACUUGAAAUUCUAUUCAGUGUUGUCUCUGCACAAUUUGACGUCAAUCCGGGUCUCAAUGGCCACAUGCCCAUAAAUGUAUGGAAGAAAUGUGUACAAAAUAUGCUUGUGAUAUUGGACAUUCUCGUCCAGUAUCCCAACAUAGUGGUGAAUGAUAUAGAGCCUGAUGAGUAUGAAACCCAGAAGGGGCCAGACUAUAAUGGGACGAUCCAUGUUUGGGGAAACUUGGUUGCCUUUGUUGAAAGGAUAGAUGUUGAGUUUUUCAAGAGCUUGCAGUGCAUUGAUCCCCAUACUCGUGAGUAUGUUGAGAGACUCAGGGAUGAGCCUAUGUUUUCGGCUCUUGCUCAAAAUGUCCAGGAUUAUUUAGAACGGGCUGAGGACUUUAAGGCUGCUUCAAAGGUUGCGUUAAAGCGGAUUGAACUCAUCUAUUAUAAGCCACAACAGGUUUAUGAUGCCAUGAAAAAACUGGCUGAGCAGACGGGAGACGGAGAUAAUGGAGAAGCAGAUGAGGAGCAUAAAGUAGUUGAGGAAAGUAGGGGUCCAUCUGCAUUUGUUGUUACUUCAGAGCUUGUUCCUCGGAAACCCACAUUUCCAGAGAAUAGCAGGGCCUUGAUGGACUCUCUGGUGUCCCUCAUCUAUAAGUAUGGAGAUGAGCGGACUAAGGCCCGUGCCAUGCUCUGUGACAUUUACCACCAUGCUAUCUUGGAUGAGUUUUCAACUUCACGUGACUUGCUGCUUAUGAGUCACUUGCAAGAUAGCAUCCAGCAUAUGGACAUAUCAACACAGAUCCUUUUCAACAGGGCAAUGGCACAACUUGGUCUAUGUGCGUUCCGGGUUGGAUUAAUCACCGAAGGCCAUGGAUGCCUUUCUGAACUAUAUUCAGGUGGAAGGGUAAAGGAGUUGCUUGCACAAGGUGUUUCGCAAAGCAGAUAUCAUGAGAAGACUCCAGAACAGGAAAGGAUCGAAAGGAGACGGCAGAUGCCAUACCAUAUGCACAUAAAUCUUGAGUUGCUGGAGGCUGUCCAUCUAAUAUGUGCCAUGCUGCUUGAAGUUCCCAACAUGGGAGCGAACACCUAUGAUCCAAAGCGCAAGGUCAUAAGUAAGACUUUCCGGCGAUUGCUUGAGGUGAGUGAGAGGCAAACAUUCACUGGACCCCCAGAAAAUGUCCGAGACCACAUAAUGGCUGCCACCAGGGCCCUUCGCAAGGGAGACUUUGAGAAGGCUUUUGAUGUUAUCAAGUCCCUGGAUGUGUGGAAGCUCCUCAGCAAUCGAGAGAAUGUCCUUGAGAUGGUCAAGGAUAAGAUCAAGGAAGAGGCACUGAGGACCUACCUAUUUACCUUCUCCUUAUCCUAUGAUUCUCUGAGCUUGGACCAGCUCACCAAAAUGUUUGACCUCUCAGAUGCCCAGAUUCACAGCAUUGUUAGCAAGAUGAUGAUCAAUGAGGAGCUUCAUGCAAGUUGGGACCAGCCAACCCGGUGUAUUGUUUUCCAUGAUGUUGAACACACUAGGUUGCAGGCUCUGGCAUUCCAGUUAACAGAGAAGCUUUCAGUCCUUGCAGAAAGUAAUGAGAGGGCAAUAGAAGCGAGGAUAGGUGGCGGUUUGGAUCUACCUUUAAGGCGUAGAGAUAACCAGGAUUAUAAUGCUGUGGGAGGUAGGUGGCAAGAGAGCUUGUCUUUCACUCAGGGAAGGCAAGGUGGAGGGAGACCUUUGGCAGUAGGCCAAGCUGCUGGAGGCGGGUACUCAAGGGACCGGACAGGUCAAUCCCGAGGCAUCAGUGCUGGCUAUCUGGGUACACGAUACCAAGAUUCUGCAAAUGGAGGGUCAGGGAGGACUUCUUAUCAGAGUGGUUCAGCUGUGAGGGGAUCCCAGAUGGAUUCUUCAAACCGCAUGGUCAGUCUCAACAGGAGGAUUCGUGCUUAGAAACAUAGUAGUGAGACUACUGGCAGAGAAAACAUACUGACUAAAGUUCCUGCCUUGCAGAUAGAAAGCUUUUCGGCUAAGAUCUCUGUUGGUUCUGAAAUUUAAGCCAAUUUUGUUUUCAAUUUCCUGCAAGAUUUGAAUUUUAUGAACUUGGAACCUUGAAAGCUGAUAAUUUAUGCUAUGCUUGUUGCUGCUAUGACAGCAAGCGUACUCUUUCAUCAGUUUCCUGUAAUAUUAGUGUACUUAUAUGAGAUGGUGGAAUGGUUUUGUUUGACA